GGUUGGUGGGCGGCAGGCGUGUGCGGCUUCGGAGCGGCAUCCGGACAGGCGGCCGACGCUGGCAUGUGAGCGGCAGCCGACGCCAGCAGACGCACGCUAUCUGCCAGCCCAUCCGACGGACGUCCGGGCGCAGAAGCAAGCCCGGCUCCUUGGCGCGAGCAUUUCGGUAUUCGCGCGCCGUCUCUUCCUAGUGCGCUGGUGCUAGAUGAACAUGGCUGUGUUGAAAUCCGUGGCAAUAGCUACAGUGACUCUACUGUUGGCGGCUCAGCAGUGCGUCGCCUACAAGUGUUACGUCUGCAGCUGGUCGCCGACGUCACACAACCGCACCGACAUCUGCACCCGGGCCAACUUCAACAAGGACGCCGUGAAGACGUUCGGUGGCUGCCCUCACGGCUGCGAGGUCGUCUCGGCGUACGACACGAACGGUGAGCUGGAGAACUUCUACCGCAACUGUGUUGUCAAAGGGAAGAAGGUCACCAACGACUGUCGAGAGGAGACCAACGCGGCGGUCCGCAAAACCGUCUGCCGGUGCGACUCUGACCUCUGCAACGACGCGGGGACGUCGACUCCGACGCUCCUCGGAGUCCUGGCGGCGGCAAUUUUAACUGUCAGUCUGGCCUUGCGAGGGUAGACGGCGCUACCGUCGCCGUUCGUAAGACGCCUGUAGGGUUGGCGCGGCGUGCUGAUGACCCAGCGAGGAGUGAGGAGCACUCGGCUGCCAUGCCUGCUGAAUGUUCGCUGGUCCGGUCGGUAGAAGAUGCGUCGGACGGAGUGCUUGCAAUGCCUGCAGCCUUGGCGGUGCUAGGCUCGAGAGCUGGAGCCUGGAGUGUAGUGCGGGGCGGUCCGCUAACGGCCAACGCCCAUCACGCCCUGCGGGGGCGGAGCAGGCAGAGCGCGGCAGCAGCAGCGGCGGCGCCGUGGACGGCGCUUGGCGACCCAGCACGCCGCAGCUUCCUAUUGACGCAGUAGCUUUCGCAAGUUGUCGUCGCUGGCAUGGCCCAUGUCAAGCUUCUGAUGGUCAGUCAAAUUCUUUCGGCAAGGCACGGUAUUGUCGUGCCCGCGGUGCCAUAAGCGCCGCUUAGCUUAAGUCAGCUGCACACCACAUCCGCUGUUGACAACCAAGAUGUCCGACAGAAUUCCGCCGAGCGAAACGCACAGGCACGUCAGCAUACGCCACGUACGAGUACGCUGGCAAACUAGCUACUCACGAUCGAGUGACUCGGUUCUCCACGCAUAUCGUCCCACUUGUCUCAGAUUCGGUGGGGCAAAAUGCCCGAUGCUUUGAACUGGCGUGCUUUUGCCUUGUUCAUAAAUGCCUCUGAGUUGUUUUGAUCGUGGCUUGAUUAUCGUUCAGCCGCGGGAA